UUGGCAACAAGGAAGCUGAUCACUCCCUGAAUUGCUUCAUGCAGUAGAAUAACUGAUUUUACUUUAUCCGAUAUACUCCUAUGACUUGAUCCAGUGGGUGCUUAGAGAAGACUACAAUCAACAGAAUCUUUUCAAAUUGUGAUAAGACAAAGCCAGGGGUUUCCAAGAUCAUUGAACUACAAAAAUGGCAAGCUACUCUCACUUCCUCCUCCUCUUUUUCUUGAUACUGACUUCUUCUGGUGCAUAUGGAGAUCACUUCUCAAAGUCAGUCACAAAUGAUAACUCACAUAGGCGAAUGAAGAGAGAGUGGAUCUGGAAUAAAAUGCAUAUUCCUGAAGAGCAGAAUGGGACUCUCCCUCAACAUGUUGGAAAGAUCACAUCAACUGUCAAGAAUCCUAAUGCCAAGUAUGUUCUUGAAGGGGAAGGUGCUGGGUCUUUAUUCAGAGUUGAUGAAUUUACUGGAGAUGUAUCUGUGAGUGAAACACUGGACCGAGAGAAGAAAGCUGAAUACGAGCUCACAGCUCUGAUUUUUAAUCGUCUUACCAAUCAGCAGUUGGAGGAGCCGUCCAAAUUCCGCAUCAUUGUUCAUGAUAUUAAUGACAAUGCCCCAGUAUUUGUUCAAAAGGUGUUUAAUGGUUCAGUGGUAGAAAUGUCACCAAUUGGAACAUCUGUUACCAAAGUGACAGCUGUAGAUUCUGAUGACCCAACACUCCAUGGUCAUGCAGAUGUUUUCUAUGAAGUUACUGAUGGCAAGAACUACUUCAGAAUAGAUAGCUCAGGAACCAUCUACACAGCUGUGCCUGAUUUGGACAGAGAACAAAAGGCUACAUAUACCAUUCAGGUGAAAGCAAGGGAUGGCAAAGGUCUACAUGCUGAAGAAUUGGGCACUGCUACCGUCAUCAUUAAACUAAUUGAUAUCAAUGACAAUUUCCCAACAUUUAAACAAAAAAACUUCACUUUCGAAGUCCCUGAAAAUGUCAGUUUAAAUGGCGAAGUUGGUAGAUUAAAAGUAGAGGACAUCGAUGAACCAGAAAACAGGGAUACUAAGUAUAGCUUUCGCCAAGGGCAUUACCAAGACACCUUUAAAAUUAUACCAAAUCGCUACACAAAUGAAGGAAUAAUUCAACCUACAAAGCCCUUGGACUUUGAAAAGAUACCUGUAUACAGGUUUGUGGUUGAAGCUACUGAUGCAAAUAUCAACUAUGCAUAUUCCAUGCGGAAGAGUCCUGAGAGCAUUGCAAGUGUAAUUAUCAAGGUGAUUGAUGUUGAUGAACCUCCAGUUUUCACCCAGCCUUCCUAUACAUUCACUGUACAAGAAGAAGGUGCAAUCAAGAUGCCUGUUGGGUGUGUUUCUGCAAGUGACCCUGACAAAGCCAAGCGGAAAAUAAGUUACCAUAUCCUACGAUCCACUUCUUUUGAAAUAAGUACCAAUGGGUGUAUUUUUGCCACAAAGCGUCUGGACAGAGAAGAAAACACCUGGCAUAACAUAACUGUAGCAGCCAACGAGCUGGACCAAAACAAAAAGGUAGUACCUAGAUUAGAAACCCAUGUGCCAGUUUAUAUUAAAGUUACGGAUAUAAAUGACAACGCCCCAGAAUUUGCUUUUCCAUAUGAUCCACGUGUGUGUGAAAAUGCUGCCCCAGGUCAGGUGAUCAUAAGAAUUUCUGCCACGGACAAGGAUGAAAUGUCACCAGACGUGAAAUUCAAGUUUUUCUUGACUUCUGAAGACAGCAAUUUUACCCUCAUUGGCAAUCAUGAUAACACUGCAAAUGUCACUGUCAAGUUUGGAGAGUUCAAUCGAGAGCUUGUCAAAACUCAUUUCUUGCCUAUCAUCAUCUCCGACAAUGGGGCGCCACCGCAGACCAGCACAAACACCCUUACCCUCCGGGUCUGCAAAUGUGACGAGGAAGGUGAUUUCACUUUUUGCGAAGAGCCAGCAAAACUAGUGGGAGUCGGCCUCCAAGUGUUGUUGGCUAUCCUUUUCUGCAUCUUCACCAUCCUUGCAUUAACUAUGCUGCUGAUAGUCUGGAGGAGAGGACACAAGAAAGAUCUAAGUGUUCUCAGGAAGAAUGAGGAAGAGAUCCAUGAGCAGCUGGUGGCCUAUGAUGAAGAAGGUGGUGGUGAAAUGGAUACCACCAGUUACGACGUCUCCGUUCUCAAUUCAGUCCGCCAGAGGAGCAUAACUUCCCCAAGAAUGACCAGGGAGGCCUCAUCUUGCAAUUAUCCUCAGGUACAAAAGAUCCCCGAGAAUGGACUUUCAGGCACUGGAGAAAUGGGCAUUAUGAUUGAGAUGAAAAAAUAUGAAGCUGAUAAUGAUGGAGAUUUGUUGCCAUAUGACACCCUUCACAUAUUUGGCUAUGAAGGGGCUGAGUCCAUUGCGGAAUCUCUAAGUUCCCUGGGUUCAGGGUCCUCGGACUUGGAUAUUGAUUAUGAUUUUCUCAAUGAUUGGGGUCCCCGAUUUAAAAUGCUGGCAGAGCUUUAUGGGCUGGAACCUAAUGGAGAUCUGGUGUACUGAGGGUGGUCAAUGGCAGAUUAUCCCAGCCCUGUCCAUAAACAAUAAAACUGAAAGACUGUUCAGAAAGCAGAAUCAAUCUUUAUGCAUUCCUCAUACAAAAAAUCAGAUUUUCAUACAUUUUCAGAGCAGAUUGAGAUAACCUAUGUGAAAGAAGCUAUAAACAAAAUCAGGUCUGUAGAUAUUAAAAAAAAAAAAUGGAAAUGCCAUUGUACUGGGGGAUUGAAAAAUGUUUCUCCGUAUAUAAAAAUCCAAUGUUUAAAUGUUUUUAAAAUACUGUGGUUCUUGCCUGUUAUAAGAAAGCUUAGAUGAUGGCUUGCCUGUCCUGAUUGUUGCAAGUAUUCUAAUUAAAUGUAUUUUUAGUUACAA